UUCUGCUCAAAGUUUUCCUGCAUGAGAAUAUUUGUAUGAUUUAACCACAUUUUUAACUCAUGAAAAGGCUUAGACCAUGUUCCCUUGCAGAAAAUGUUCUGUACGAUAAGGCAUUUUCUCUUUACUAAUCGUGUGGGCAACACAGAAAAUUCUAUUUUGUAACAAUUCCUAUUAGUAACUCUCACGUGAAUUUGAUUUUUUUUCUUCAAACGAAUACAAGCUUUGUUCUUUCUACUAGGGUAGGGUAUGAUAGUCUAUAAAUAUUGCAGAGAUUAUGUCUGUUAUUGUGUCCUUUUAUGUAUUAGGUUCAGAGAUGUUUUAGAAUAGAUUAAUGGAUUUAAAUGACUGAGAACCCAUUUCUGUUUAUCUCUUGCUUGGGCAUCUCCACCUUGCAAUUAUGAGUUUAGGAUAUGCAGAAUCCGAUUCGCCUAGGCUUUUGAUUACUGAGAAAUUGGGUUAUGUUUGGGUUGUCUUUGCCAAGUUGCAGAAUUUUCAGUAGUAAACGGCAAUACCCACUUGCCAAAUACAGUAAAAUGGUUUGAAUCUUUGGAUAACCUAUUUGCAGAUACAGUGAAAUGAUAUAAAUCCUUGAGCACCCUUUUACCAAACAUGGUGCACUUAGCAAUUAUAGCGAAAUGCAUAUGAGCCUUUGAAGAUCAAUUCGCCAAACAUGGUGACUGAAGUCCAUGAACUGAACAGAGGAAAACUUUACAUCAGUUUUCAAUGGCAUACAUAACAUGUAUAGAAGCAUCUCUUCCUUUAGCUCAAAAAUUAUAAAGUGAAGAAGAAGGUGACCUAUUCUGUGAAAGUAUGGUGAUGAUUUUCACUGAUCUCUGGACCUAUUUUUGCGGAGAUUCGAAUUUGCUACCUUAUUCUGCAGAAUGUGGCGGGACUUGCCGCUUACCACUGUUUUUCAACGCACAAUUUCCACACGCAUUCCGAUUGCCUUCAUGCACCAAAAAUGUUAUAAUUUCGAUCACACAUUUGGUAUUUUUGUUAGCAUUUGGGUUUAUAUUGCUUCUCAAAUGGUCUAGGCGGACAACUAUUCUCAGAAGCGUGAAGCCUCUAACACAAUUCCAAACAUCCAUUGUGACAAUCAAUGUCAUUUUGGGUAUAGUAAAUUUGGGAUUGGGGGUUGGGAUUUUGUACAGGAAAAUAUGGGAUGGGACUUCUAUAAUUCCCCUGCACAAUUUACUUGUCCUUUCAGUGCGAGGUUUAGCAUGGUUAAUGCUUGCUUCGUCAAUAACCCUUCGGGGCACAUGCACUGUAAAAACAUUUCUUCGUAUCUGGUGGAUUAUCACAUUUUUACUGGAGACGUUGGAUUUUGUCUCUGCUGGGUUCAAUUUUAUCAGUUCCAGAGAACCUUCAACUCAACUUUUUCUUGCUUUAAUUUCAUGGCUAGCGACUUGUUUAAUGCUCAUCUGUGCUGUGAAAGAGGAUUUGCCAAAUUCAGGGAAUAGUCAUCUAUCAGAACCCAUUCUAAAUAGGCAUAACCAAAAUGAGUCCUUGAAUUACGAACAGGCCCAGCAAGAUCCAUUGCUGAAGAGGUCAAAUCCAGAAGUGACUCCUUUUGCCAAAGCAGGGAUCUUUGGCAGGAUGACAUUUUUCUGGUUGAAUUCUCUUUUGUUGAAAGGUAGAGAAAGACCUCUUGAAGAAAAUGAUUUGCCUCAAGUUUGUGAGGAGGAUCAAGCGGAGAACAGUUAUUUGAAAUUUACUGAAGAGCUAGCUAGGCAAAAACAGAAAAGCCCUUGUGCUAAUCCUUCUGUUUUCUGGGCUCUGGCUCGCUGCCAUUGGAAAACUCUGGCAAACACUGGAAUCUAUGCUUUUCUCAAAACAACCACCACGUCUUGCGGACCACUUGUUUUAAAUGCUUUCAUUGGAUUUUCAGAAGGCAAACAAUCAUUCAAAUACCAAGGGUAUGCUUUAGUAGGAGUACUCUUUCUAGCCAAGCUUCUAGAGUCCCUGUCUCAAAGGCAGUGGUAUUUUGGCACUAGAAGGACUGGUCUCCAGAUGCGGUCCUCACUAAUAACAGCAAUCUAUGAGAAACAAUUGAAGCUAUCCAAUGAAGCUAAACAGGUCCAUGGAGCAGGAGAGAUCAUGAACUAUAUGUCUGUAGAUGCUUAUCGUAUAGGUGAAUUUCCCUUCUGGAUUCACCUGACUUGGACAACAGUUCUCCAGUUUGUAUUUGGUUUAAGUAUCCUCUCACAUGUAAUUGGAUGGGCUACAGUUGCAGCCUUGGCAGUUAUCAUCCUAACCGUGAUUUGUAAUUCUCCAUUGGCAAAAUUGCAGCAUAAAUUCCAAACUGAACUCAUGUCAGCCCAAGAUGAGCGAUUAAGGGCUGUCACAGAGGCUCUUAUUCACAUGAAGGUACUGAAAUUGCAUGCAUGGGAAGAAAAUUUCAAAUGUGGCAUUGAAAAGUUGCGCAAGGUAGAAAUUGAAUGGCUAUCAGCAGUUCAGUUUCGAAAAGCCUACAAUAUAAUGUUGUUUUGGUCAUCCCCAAUUCUAGUUUCAUCUGCUACAUUCGCAACAUGCUAUCUUCUUAAAAUCCCUUUGACUCCAAGAAAUGUUUUCACAUUCAUAGCCACUUUGCGCUUGGUUCAAGAUCCAAUUCAAGUAAUUCCUGAUGUCAUUGCUGUUAUCAUACAAGCGAAGGUUUCCUUGGGGCGUCUCACCAACUUUCUAGAAAGCAGUGAGUUGCAGGAUCGGGCUGUUGAGUGUGGAACUCAACAAUGGUCUGAACACUCUAUCUUUGUCAAAUCAGCAACAUUAAGCUGGCAUACCAAUUCAUCAAAACCCACUUUGAGAAAUAUCAACAUGGAGGUUGAACAUGGUAAAAAAUUGGCUGUUUGUGGGGAAGUUGGAUCUGGAAAAUCAACUCUUUUAGCUGCUAUUCUUGGGGAGGUACCAAAGCUGAGGGGCAACUUGCGAGUCUGUGGCACUCUUGCAUAUGUUUCUCAGACUGCAUGGAUUCAGAGUGGAACAGUACGGGACAACAUAUUAUUUGGGAGGCCCCUGUACAAGAAGAAAUUUAAUGAGGUGAUCCAAAAGGCCUCACUGCAGAAGGACCUGGAGGAUCUCCCCUUCGGUGAUCUAACUGAAAUUGGGGAGCGAGGUGUCAAUCUGAGUGGUGGUCAGAAACAGCGUAUACAACUUGCCCGUGCUCUGUACCAGGAUGCUGAUAUUUAUCUUUUGGAUGACCCUUUCAGUGCUGUUGACGCUCAUACUGCUACUAACCUGUUUAAGGACUACAUAAUGGAAGCACUUUCAAAAAAGACGGUGAUCCUUGUAACACACCAAGUUGAUUUCCUACCAGCAUUUGAUACCAUACUGUUGAUGUUGGAUGGGGAGAUUCGACAAAGUGGGAGUUAUCAACAGUUAUUAGCCUCAAGUGAAGUAUUCCAAGAGCUUGUGAAUACACAUAAAGACACGAUGGAUUCUAACAAAUUGGCAGUUACAGUGCCACCAUCGAAAGACAAAACUGUGAGUCAAGAAAGAGAAAUUCAAAAGGUGAAGUCCCAAAAGGGACAAGAGAAAUCAUUUAGAGAACCUGAAGUGGAUCAGCUAGUUAAAAAGGAAGAAAAGGAAACUGGAGAUAGCGGUCUAAAACCAUAUGUUGACUAUUUGAAACAGAACAGAGGUUUCUUGUAUUGCUCCAUUGCUGGUCUUUCUCAUCUUGUAUUUUUGACUGGCCAGAUUUUGGGAAAUACUUGGAUGGCUGCUAAGGUGCAGAGUCCUCAAGUCAGCACACUGAUGCUAAUCAUAGUCUACUCAAGUAUUGCAUUUGCUUCUUCAGUUUUUCAAUGCCUUCGAUCAAUAUUUGUAGUCGUUUUGGGGCUUGAAGCAUCAAAGUCUUUCUUUUCUGAGCUCAUGACUUCCUUAUUCCAAGCACCAAUGUCCUUUAUUGAUGCCACGCCAUUGGGAAGAAUUUUGAGCAGGGUUUCUUCAGAUUUGAGCAUUCUUGAUGUUGACCUUCCUUUCAAUUUUACCUUUACUAUGUGUUCCACUAUGACUGCUUACAGUAAUCUUGGUGUCGUAGCUGUUGUGACAUGGCAAGCUUUGUUUGCUACCCUGCCAAUGAUUUAUUUGACAAUCCAACUUCAGAAAUACUACUUUGCUUCUGCUAAAGAAUUGAUGAGACUCAAUGGGACAACAAAAUCACCUAUUGCAAAUCAUUUUGGUGAGUCAAUAUCAGGGGCAGUGACAAUCAGGGCUUUCAAGGUGCAGGAUCAGUUUAUGAAGAAGAACUUGGACCUAAUUGACAAAAAUGCAAGUCCAUUUUUCCACAGUUUUGCAGCUAAUGAAUGGCUAAUUCAACGUUUAGAGAUAUUAAGUUCUAUAGUUCUUUGCUCAUCUGCUCUUGCUAUGGUCGUACUCCCAGCAGGCACCUUCAAUCCUGGUUUUGUUGGGAUGGCCCUAUCCUAUGGCCUCUCUAUGAACAUGUCAUUGGUUUUCAGUAUCCAAAACCAAUGCACACUAGCAAACUAUAUCGUAUCUGUAGAGCGCAUCAAGCAGUACAUGUGCAUUCCUCGUGAAGCACCAGCACUAAUAGAAUCUAGUAGGCCACCAAAGGAUUGGCCUUCCCAUGGUAAAGUGGAAUUGCAAGACUUGAAGAUUAGGUAUAGAUCAAACAGCCCUCUUGUUCUUCGGGGAAUUACUUGUACUUUUGAAGGAGGGCAAAAAAUUGGAAUUGUUGGUCGAACAGGAAGUGGAAAGACCACUCUCAUAAGUGCCAUUUUUCGCUUGGUUGAACCUGCAGGGGGUAGGAUCCUCAUUGAUGAUUUGGAUAUCACCUCCAUUGGACUUCAUGAUUUGCGGUCACACCUAGGAAUUAUUCCUCAGGAACCAACUCUUUUUCGUGGAACCGUUCGUUUCAACCUUGAUCCAUUAUCUGAGCACUCAGAUUCGGCAAUUUGGGAGGUUUUGGAUAAGUGUCAGCUUGGAGAUGUUAUAAGAGAAAAGGAAAGUUGCCUCGAUGCACCAGUGGAGGAUGAUGGAGGAAAUUGGAGUGUUGGACAGAGACAAUUGUUUUGCUUGGGCCGUGCAUUGCUGAGACACAGUCGGAUUCUGGUGUUGGAUGAAGCAACAGCUUCUAUUGACAAUGCCACAGAUUCCAUACUUCAAAUGACCAUCAGAAAAGAAUUUGCAGACUGUACUGUAAUUACAGUUGCACACAGAAUACCUACUGUGAUGGACAGUGACAUGGUUGUUGCAAUCAGUGAUGGUGAGAUGGUGGAAUUUGAUAAGCCAUUGAAGCUGAUGGAGAGGGAAGGAUCAUUAUUUGGAAAGCUUGUGACAGAGUAUUGGGCUCACACAUCAGAGGCUCUUCAUCAUGCAGCAUCUGGUCAAUGAUAUCUCUUUGGAUGUAAUCAUUCCUUGGUACAAUAGUUUUAAAUCCAGAACUAAUUGUAUCAUUAUUUAACAUUUUGUUGAUUGUUGCAUAAUCAAUGAAUUUGUUUGGCAUAUUCCAUCUGUUUAAUAACAAUCAUAAAAAUAUGUUUUUUUUUAAGAAAUC